UCCUGAUAAAUCAGUUACUGUAUAACUACAUUAUAUAUGACUAUAGGACAUUGGUGAGAAUAUAAUACGAACAGACAGUAAAACCUCAUACAGCUCUACGAAAAUAACACAUUGUGUUAGGAAUUUAAAUUUCAAGUGGUAUUCUUAUCUCUCAUAAACGAUGUCUGGAGCAAUAACGCCUCAACCUAGGAUGUCUGAGAUGACAUUCUGGACAACUCCAAAUCCACUUCGACUCCCUAAAACUAAAACAAAUCAUUGGUCCAAAAUGAAAGUAAAGAAUAAUGUCAGUGAAGAAUGUGGGGAUACAGCUGACGUGUUUGGAAGAAUUCGAAAUGGAGAUGUAUCUGCAUCAUGGGAUCCGUCAGUAACCCUGAAACACCAUAAACAAAUGACCCUUUCUUCAGGACCAAGUAACCCUUUAGUAGAUAACCUUCAUCCAAGCGCUAAACCAGCACAUCGGACAUCUUUACCUCCCAUUAAAACAUCUUACAAUCAGAGAGCUAAAGAAGGCUUCAGAUUCUGGUUAAUAGAAAAGCCCAUUCCAACAAAUUUUGGUAAAUAUGGUAUUGGUAGUUAUAAAACAGUAUUAGGAAUCGGUAAUGCUCCAAGAACAUAAAGCCAGGUUUACACGUGCUGUAAAAGUGAUGGAUUUUAAUGUUUAAUGAACGGUGUUGUGUGGGGUUAGAUCUGAAAUCUCAUAUUCAGUGAUGUACCUUUUGGUUGGAAAUGAACAAGAUCUCAAUAUUAUGUUAUCGGAUUUUCCACUGUUCAUCACUGGCAUAUCUGUCAGAAAAUACCUCUUCUUCGAACAUUGUAUACAGCACUGAAAAUAUGGUAGACCGGAUCCAAAAAAUACCCCGUCCAUCUCAUGCUGGAUCUAUAUUUAAUUUUUAUUGUAUUUUUAAAGCCAAAGAUUACAAAGUCCCCGUCCAUUUGUUUGUACAUUUUGUAAUUAAUUGUACGUUCAGUCUGUUUGCCUUCAUUUAACAUGUGACAGUAAUGUUGUUUCUUUUUGCUUGUAAUCGUGGAAUUUGUUUAUUUAAUUCGUUGAUUUAUAUUGAUGCUUUUAUAUAUUAUGUGUGUUAUUUUAUAACCUAUUAGGAUGAUUUUAGCUGAAAUUUAUAAUGUUUGAUUAUUGUAUAUAGAAUUUUGAUUAUUUAUGAGUGAAAACUCCCGGGACCGAAAACACUUCUUUCCUUAUAUCGUUUAUUUUAUACCUUUAACUAGAUUUUUCAGUGACAAAUUGAACAGUAUGAUCUUUCGUCGUUCAGAAUUAGAUUUUGCCCUGUCCUCUUUUUAUUUGCAAAUAAGACUGACGGUGUAAGAAAUGUUUUUAAAUAGUGAAUGAAGCAGGGUAUGUUGAGCACCUAGUACCACUGGUUAUUAUCAUGCAUGUUUUUUUUGUGUUUUUUUUUUGGGGGGGGGGGGGGUUCUUUUAAUACUAGAAUUAAUAAAGAACAGAAUUUACAAUGUGUAAAACACUACCAUCCUGAAUUUAGAUUGCAUGUAUAUUAAUAUGUACAUGUACAUUUGUUUAGUCGCGCCAGAUGUAAUUUCGAAACUCGUUAAAGGUUGUAAUUUAAGUAUAAGGAGUUGAUGUAUAUGGACCAUAUCAUACCAUACCAGUAUUAUUAAAAUUAUAUAUGGCGGUUUUAUAUUACCUAUGUAUAUAAAACUGCUAUGUGUAAUUAUUGUAUUAUAAACAUGUAAAUGGGUGUUCGUGAUUUAUAUUUCAUGCAUUAAAAUCAUGUGUUGAUUUACUAGUAUUACAAA